AUGAAGUCGUCUCUCCUAACGUCCGUUGUGGCCUUUGCAGCCACUGUUUUGGCCGUGAUUCCGCCUCACGAUGUUAACCGCAGAUCUCUUUCCAGGCGGAAUCUGGGAGGUCUCAAGCCCCGCGAACUAUCCGACCCAGACGCGGUUGUCAACGGCACAUUCGACCAGUUGCUUGACCACACCGAUCCCUCAAAAGGAACCUUCAAGCAGAGAUAUUGGUUCAACGCGGAACACUGGGGAGGUCCUGGUUAUCCUGUCUUCAUGGUGAAUGCUGGCGAGUCUGAGGCUGACGGCUACUUGUACUUUUUGAACAAUGGUACGAUAAUGUACAAGUAUGCCGAGCAGUUCCAGGGAGCCAUCAUUCUCUUUGAGCAUCGAUACUAUGGAAAGUCGCAACCGUUCGAGGAGAUGACCGCCGAGACUCUGCAAUACCAUACCGUGCCUCAAUCCAUCUACGACAACAAGUACUUCGCCGAGAGUGUGAAGCUGAAGUUCGAUAAGAAAGGGGGUGCCAAUGCCGACAAGUCCCCUUGGGUGUUGAUAGGUGGAAGCUACCCCGGCGCUCUUGCGGCAUGGCAGUCCGUGAUCACCCCGGGAGUUUUCGCGGCCCACCACGCCAGCUCAGCCGUCGUCCAGGCCAUCGAAGACUUUUGGCAGUUCUUUACUCCGAUCGAGCAGGCCUUGCCGCGAAACUGCUCGGCUGACGUGAAACUCGUCGUCAAGAAGGUCGACUCUAUCCUCGACAAGGGCGACAAGAAGAAGAUUGCGGCUAUGAAGAACGAUUUUGGACUUGCUUCGUUGGAUGACGACGGUGACUUUGCCAAAAUCCUUUACCAGCCCAUCAUCGCCUGGGCGGACAACAGGACGGCGGUCUUUGAGUUCUGCGAUUACAUGGAGACGUACUCGAACAACGGAAAAGUCAACAAGAACAAGAUCAAUUCGGGCGUCGGUUUGGACGCUGCGUGGGACGCUUACACGUCAUGGAUGCAGGGAGCUUGGAACCAGUCGUGUUCCAAGGACGCGUGUGACUGGGACACCAAGUCGGAGGCGUGGGAUCCCAAGUAUCUAGGCUCAGACCGCAGCUGGCAGUGGCAGCUCUGCAACGAGCCCUUCGGAUGGUGGCAGGUAGGCCCGCCCAAGUCUGACGGCACCAACAUCGUUUCCUCGCAUAUUCGGCCGGCACACGAGGCACGCCAAUGCGACAAAUUCUUCCCCGAGGUCAAGGGGUUCAAGCCGGCCAUGACUGAGGGGUUCACAGCGGACAUGUUCAACGACUGGACGGAUGGCGGAUGGAACGCCACGUACGACAACGUCAUGUUUGUCGACGGCGAAUUCGAUCCGUGGAAGUCGGCGACUAUGAGCUCGGAUUACCGGCCGGGCGGACCGUCCAAGAGUACGGACAAGACGCCUCGGAUGGUGGUGAAGGGAGGGACGCAUGUUCCGGAUUUUGAUAUCUCUGAGGACAAGGACCACGCGAGCGUGACGAAGAGGCAGUUGGAGAUCAUGGGCAAGUGGCUCAAGAACUGGAAGCCGAAGAGCUCGUGA